AUGGUUUACGAAGCUGAUUUUCCGCAAACACCUGAAGCAUAUCAGGAUAUCAUUGUCUACCUUCAAAAUGGCCAUCUUUAUGCUCAAAUUAAGAAUCAACCACUUUGUCGUUUCGUCCCCGUGUGGGACUUGGAGUUUCGUCAAUCUUUGCUUAAACAGUUUCACAACAAUGAUCGUCAUAUUAAUGCGAACGAUUGUCAUAAAAAAAUUAUGGAAAUAGAAGUACAAGAAACAUUAACAACAUCUCAAAUUGUAAAAGACCAUCUAGAGAAGGUUUCAAUUAUUCACAACGAAGUCAACAAACAACUCAAAAAAACAAGAAAACGAAUGCAAAAAAUUCAAGUGUUCAUCGCUACAAAAAUAUCUACGAACCUGGCCAUUGGUUUGACUAACAAUAACAAGACCAUUGUUGUUGAACUGUCCGAAG